GGUGUCUCCGGCGGCGCCUGUGUCAAUUUACUUCAGUUUUACGUCGAACUAACUAAUGGCUACACGAGGUGUUCUUGUUUCUCUGUCGAAAUCCAGCCAGCUUAUUCAAAGCCGAAAAUGUUCAUCAUUAAAAGGCAGUUUGAAAUCUAAGCAAUAUGUGUCAGAACAAUGGAAAUCGACAUCUGCUACUGUAAUUGCACCGGAGACGACUGCUGUUGAUGGAGAAGCAAAAUAUGAGCGGGAUGAACUGGAUUUAACAUUUGAAAAUACUAAAGAUGCUUACAAGAGCAAAACCACGUGGGAACUUGUUCGGGCUCUUAUGGUUCUGAAGUUAACGACGUUCGAUUAUCUUGUAGAAAACAACCAGCAACUUUUGAAACUUGGCAAAAAAGUUUUGGGUCCAGCAUUAUUCCGAUUUUUAAUGAGGCAUACAUUUUAUGGACACUUUGUUGCUGGUGAAAAUGAAGAAGAAAUUCUACCAGUUAUUAAAAGAAUGCAUUCAUUUGGUGUAAAAAGUAUACUUGAUUACAGUGCCGAAGAGGAUAUAAGUGAAGAAAAAGCAAGACAAGUUGAAAUGAGUGGUUGUUUAUCAUCUGCGUCUGAGGAUGGAAAAUUAGGAGAGCUAAAACAGUAUCAACCAUAUGAAAAAUUUGCUGACAGAAGAAAACAUCACACGGUGGCCAGAACAUAUUUUUAUCUGGAUGAAGCACAGUGUGAAAAAAACAUGGAAACAUUUAUAAAAUGUAUUAAUGCAGUUGCAGGUACAACUCAGUCAACAGGAUUUGCUGCUAUCAAAAUGACUGCACUUGGUCGACCACAACUUCUAAUGCAGCUCUCUGAAGUUAUUGCCCAGACUAGGAAGUUUUUCAAAAAAGUCACAGGCACUGAGCGCAAUAUUGAAAUGUUACAUGUUUCACCUGAAUAUCUUGAGCAUAAGUUAGAAGAUUAUAACAUCAACACAGAGAAAAAAGAAGUUCAAGCUUUCUUAGAACACAUGGACUACGAUAAGAAAGGCCUUUUGAAUUUGUUUUCAUGGAGUGGUUUGGUCGACAUGGAUUAUGUAAUAUCAGAUUUGUUUAAAGUUCCAAAUAUACAGACUGGACGUAUGGAACCUAUAAUUUCUGCUUUAACAGAAGAAGAAGAAGAAAUGUUUCGUAAUAUGAUGAGAAGAUUGCAUCAGAUUGCUAAAGUAGCCCGUAAUAAAGAUGUCCGUGUAAUGAUUGAUGCAGAACAGUCAUAUUUUCAACCAGCAAUCAGCAGAAUCACUAUGGAAUUGAUGCGUAAAUAUAACAAAGAGAAAGCUAUUAUUUUCAACACUUACCAGUGUUACUUAAAGGAAGCAUAUAACAAUUUAGUACUGGACUUGGAACUUGCAGAAAGGCAGAAUAUAUAUUUUGGUGCAAAACUAGUCAGAGGAGCUUAUAUGGAACAGGAAAGAUUGCGAGCAAAGGAAAUUGGAUAUGAAGAUCCUAUCAAUCCUACUUAUGAAGCAACAACGGAAAUGUACCACAAAUCUCUUUGUGAAGUUUUACGACAGAUAGUUGCCAGACAGGACCGAAAAAUAGCUGUUAUGGUGGCAUCACAUAAUGAGGAUACUGUGCGCUUCACCGUUAAAAAAAUGGAAGAAUUAGGCAUAAAACCUGAGCAUAAAGUAAUUUGCUUUGGACAGUUAUAUGGAAUGUGUGAUCAAAUUAGUUUUCCUUUAGGUCAGUCUGGGUAUUCUGUUUACAAAUAUGUGCCAUAUGGACCAAUUGAUGAAGUGCUUCCAUAUUUGUCACGCAGAGCACAGGAAAAUAAUGGAUUGCUGAAAAAAUCUGCUAGAGAACGGAAACUUCUAUUUAAGGAAAUUCGCAGAAGAAUCAUUAGUGGCGGCAUUUUUGCUAGCCCCAUAGGAAAUUAUAGGCCUAUAUAAAUUACUUUCAGGAAGAUCUUAAAAUAUCAUAUCAAAUAAUAGCAGUUAUUAUUUGUUUUUUAAAAUAAAUUUUCCUAUGAUAAGCUAUUUUGUAAAUAUUGUUUAUGCGAAUAAAAUUUGUAUAUUUCUGAAUGAC